AUUGUGAAAAAGCUAUCACUUAAACAAUAAUGGCUUAUCUUUGACCAUUGAUCUUCUAUAUUCUGGCUGCUCUUGCAAUAUUCAUGCUUGUUUCUCCCUCCCAUUCCUCUUUAGAUAAUGUUAAUGACAGGGUUACUUUGUCACUGUACUAUGAAACAAGUUUAUGCCAGCAUUGUGCCUCCUUUAUCUCCAAUGACCUUGUCAAGGUCUUCCACACUGACCUACAUACCAUUAUCAAUCUAAGAUUGGUCCCUUGGGGCAAUGUUGAAAUCCAUUUCCAGCAUGGAGAAGAAGAAUGCUACUUAAACACUAUACAUAGCUGUGUCAUCCAUUUCUGGCCUGAUGUGAAAGAGCACUUGGAAUUCAUUCGCUGCACAGAGCAACAAAGCUUAAAAGGGGGGCCAGUUGAAGCACAGUGGAAAAAUUGUAGUGAAAAGCUGAGAUUGAAUGAGGAGAUAAUCAACAAAUGCUAUACUUCUGGAUUUGGAUAUAAGCUUCUGCUGCAAUAUGCUAACGAGACUGCACAUCUGAAGCCACCUCAAGAAUAUGUGCCAUGGGUGGUGGUGAAUAAUCAGCCACUCAGACAAGACUUUGAAAAUUUUGUGAAAUAUGUUUGUGAAGCUUAUAAAGGUGAUCAUAAACCAGCUGCUUGCAAAGCACAAUCAUCCGGUCUCAGCCCAACCAUCCAUGCAUGUAAUAUCUAUAAAUGGAGUAGUUCUCUUUUGAUUUGUAAAUUUGUAAAAAUGCAUUGUAUCAUUUUUCAUUAUGGGUAGUGUGAAAAAUAAAAUAAAAUAAAAUAAAUAAAAUAAAAAACACACAAAUUUUACGUGGAAA